GAACAUUCGCGACUAUCCCGCCGCGACGCUCGUAGGCCGACGUGAUGCCUAUUAAAGUGCACGCCGCCAUCGCGCCGUGCUCACCAAAUCACCUAACUACUCAUCUGUGCGUGCUCUACCCUCGCCUCUUUUACUAUGUCCACUGCUAUCCUUACUGCCGACGUCGACCACCCCAUGGCCGACAUCCAUACUGUGCAGGUCGCCAAUGGACCUGUCACCAACCCUGUCGCGAACAUCGCACAGGCGCCUGCGAUGUGGCGCCACAACGAAGGCGUGAACACCGUCUUGCACGCCAGCAACUGCGGCGUCUGCGAUGCCUUUUUGCACCACGCAACUGACGCCCUCGGUACUCGCAACUACCAGGUCGCACGCACUGAACAGGACGACACCGCCGCCCGUUCCGCGCGACGCGAAGCCUAUGAACGAGGCUAUGAGGAUGCGCAACAGGACCGUGCGACGCUUGCGACCACAAUCCAGCAACUUCAAGCUCGCAUCGCGGAGCUCGAAGGCCAACUCGCCACCCGUGCAAACACCGGUGGACGAUUUCCUGGAGGGGGAGGAUUGGGACCUAUUCGCAAUAGGUUCGCCCCCUACAACACUGAUUCCUCUGUCGAUACUUACCUCGACAAUAGCCUCACUCGCAGGCUCAACAUGAACGAGCGUACCCGUGGACCCGCUCGCCACCAGACCCUCCUCAUGUCAGAGGUACCUCUGACCAUCGACGAAGUCGACGGCGCACUGCGUCGAGCGCAGAUCGACGACGCUGUAGGCCUCGCAGCCGUGCGCCAGCUUCAGCAAUGGCGCAGGGCGAUCUUCGCCACCCUCGCUGUGGGACGACCCCUCUCAGUGACCCAAGAGACCCUGCAAAACCAUUGGGUUGGACUACCCGACUGGUACCUCCACCGCUUCCCUCGCACCCCCCGACUUGAUCGCACGACGAACCCGCCUACCCAGGAGCAGCACGAGACCCCUCCGCGCUAUACCGACCCACAUCAGCAAAUCGGGCAAUUGCUGAGCAUCUGA